AUGUCGACUUCCCCACAAACCCCAGACGUAACUCAAUCAGUCCAUAAUCAUUCCGAAAAUGCCUCCCAGAGACGAGAGUCCGAGUCCACCUCCAGUUCCGCCGAACUCACCAGCGUCACCUUAAAGUUGCGCAAGGCUCUACGAAAUUUCCCCGACUUUCCCAUCCCCGGUAUCGAUUUCGUUGACAUCCUUCCCCUCUUUGCUUCUCACGAUCUUCACGAAUCUUUGAUCCGCGCUUUGGAGUUGCAAGUUCUUCUUGUGAACGGUGGAAAGAAACCCGAUGUUGUUGUUGGUUUGGAUGCUCGAGGAUUUCUUUUCGGACCUUCCCUUGCUCUGAGAUUAGGAGCGGGAUUUGCUCCGGUCAGAAAGAGAGGAAAGCUUCCUGGUCCUACCGAGGAAGCUUCUUUCGAGAAGGAAUAUGGUCAGGAUUAUUUUCAAAUCCAAAAGGAUGCGAUUAAACCUGGGCAAUCAGUACUUGUUGUAGACGAUAUAAUUGCUACUGGAGGAAGUGCCCAAGCAGCCGGAAAGCUUGUCCAACAACUCGGAGGAAUUUGCAUGGGAUAUUUAUUUAUUUUGGAAUUGGAUUUCUUGAAAGGACGUGAUAAACUCUCCGCUCCGGUCGCAACAUUAUUACGCGAUUAA